AGCCGGAGCCAGAGAUCAUGCUAUGCAUAGUGUGCUAUAAUCCACAUUUUUGUGUGUUAUUUAGUGAUGAUUGAAAUCCGUAGGGAUAAUAAUUGAAUUUUACAGAUAGAUUUUGAAAGGAAGGAUGCAAUGUAUUGAUCCACAGUUUUUAGAUGUCUUUUAAAGGGAUCCCUUGGAAAUAAAUCUUCAACUUUUGGACUCCUGGUUUUUAGAAUUGCAGAGUGCUGUGCAAAGAUGGUGUCCGUACCUCCUGCCGAAGAAGGCAGCGUGACAGUUGUGGUACGGGUGCGUCCGCAGACCCCGCGGGAGCAGGAAGGCAAUCGCCAAAGUGUGGUCCAGGUCAUUGGGGACCGAAUGCUGGUGUUUGACCCAGAUGAGUCCAGCCUGCCGAGUGUCUCUGUGGGUUUCCAAGCCCAUGACUUUGCUUCAAGAAGGAAAGGCAAGAAUCUAGUGUUUGCUUUUGACCGGGUGUUUGGGGAGAACGCUACUCAAGCUGAGGUGUUUCACAACACGACUAAAGAGAUCCUGGAUGGCGUGCUGAAUGGCUACAAUUGUUCUGUGUUUGCCUAUGGCGCAACUGGUGCUGGGAAAACACACACCAUGCUGGGAUCAGAGAAGGAACCAGGCAUCAUGUUCCUCACCAUGGAGGAACUCUACAAGAAGAUUGAGGCCAGGAAGGAGGAGAAGCAAUGUGAAGUGCUCAUUUCCUAUCAGGAGGUCUACAAUGAGCAGAUACAUGACCUCAUAGAACCAAAGGGUCCACUGACCAUCCGAGAGGACCCAGAGAAAGGGGUUGUGGUGCAUGGUCUUUCCUUUCACCAGCCAAAAACUGCAGCACAGCUCCUGGAGAUGCUGAGGCGAGGAAAUCUGAACCGUACACAGCACCCCACAGAUAUUAAUGCCACCUCCUCACGUUCCCAUGCAGUGUUCCAGAUCUAUGUGAAGCAGCAAGAUCGUGUGGUGAGCAUGAGUAAGGACCUGCAGGUAGCCAAGAUGAGUCUGAUCGACUUGGCAGGCUCUGAACGGGCCUCCGUGGCAAACACCAAAGGGGAGCGACUUCGUGAGGGUGCCAACAUCAACCGCUCCCUGCUAGCCCUCAUCAAUGUCAUCAACAGUCUGGCUGAUGCCAAGAGCAAAAAACCUCAUAUUCCAUACCGUGACAGCAAGCUUACACGCCUUCUCAAGGAUUCUAUUGGUGGGAACUGCCGGACCAUCAUGAUUGCUGCCGUUAGUCCUUCUGCACUCUCCUAUGAGGACACCUACAACACCCUCAAAUACGCCAACCGGGCUAAAGAGAUAAAACUUCUACUAAAAAAGAACGAGGUCAUCAUGGAUUACCCUCCCAGCCAUUAUGCAGCAGUUUGUGAGCAGCUGAAAGCAGAGGUGGCAGACCUACGAGGGAGGCUCCGUGCUUAUGAGCAAAAUAUCCCGAAGUUUAACUCCUGUUUACCAGCUGUUCUGGCUCCACCAUGUCCUGAGCAGGAGAAGUGCCUCAGGGCAAAGGAGGUUAUUUUGGGCUGUGAUGCCCUGAAUAAGGGUGAUGUUAUGACAGAGACACUCCCGCAACUGUUGAACCUGAACAAUGCUACCCCUGGAGCAGGACAAAGCCACACUGAGCAGGAAUCGGAGAAAACCUCUGGGUGCUCUUCCAUGGAGCCUUCAAAUCCAGUUGAGCAGCAGGAGAGGCUGAAUCUUCAGCUACAGAGAAUGGACAAAAAACAGCUGGAGAGGCUAGCCAUGGCUAUCUUGCGCGUGGCACAAAAGCAGUACACCCUUCUGAAGGCUGCCAACCUGCUUACUCCAGAUACAGUAGCUGAGUUUGAAGAGCUGGAUGGUUUGAUGCAUCAAGAAUCAGGCAGAGCCCCAAAGCUUUCUGCUGUGGAGGAGCAAGUUGGGGAACUGGAGUUUACCCCUCAAGCCAGCCUGGAUCAGAACUCGCAGCAACUUAUAGAUAAUGCUGUCCUUCCAGCUCCCCUUCCUGCAGCCGAGAGCGCCAGCCCAGUGGAUAGUCCUGCUAUUCCCUGUGCAUCACUGGAGGCUUUCCUGAUCUCCAGCCCUGUCUUCAAGACUCCUCACCUUCCAGCCAAGAAGAGAAGGAAGUCAACGGAGAGCAUGUCCCCAUCUGAAAGGAGGACCCCAUCUAACGCAAAGGCGCGGGCAAAGCGCCGGAGGAAGGCUUGUCCUUCUCCCCCACAGUUGGGCUCCCUGAAGGAAUGGGCAGCUGUGGUGCCAGGGGAUUCCAGUUGUACUCCAACUGCAGAGAGAGCUGGAUCUCCUAGCCUAAGUGGUCAUCAUUCCCUUUGGCGUUGCCCUCCAACAGUACUGAAGCGCCGCAUGCCUCUGGGCAGCUCAGUGGCCCAGAACUGCUCGACUCCAGUGCCUCCACGUGACCUGAACACCACUUUUGAUCUUGGGGAGGAUCCCUGCCCCUCCAAGAUGAAGCGUAGUGCUCCUGAAUGUCCUGCGUGGGAGAGUGUUCAGCACGUUGCUUGCCUCCAGGGGGCACCGCUCAUACCCAGGGCUUCCAUGCCGGUGUUCACGAUGAAGGGCUCCUCCAUCCCAAGAUCGUCUUCCUUGGCAUCCAGAGCAUCAACACAGAAGAGGAGGCACACAACAAACUCUGCCUCCUCCUCUUUGGGUGCACCUCGCAGCCGCAUUGCCAGGCUACGGGGCAGUUCUGUGAAGUCUUCACAGCAAGUUGGGACAGUGCCAGGACAGGCCUCUAGCAGCCUUGCAUGGAAAUGGCGCUAGAUAGAUUCCAGAGCCCCUGGAGGACUGGCACCAUCUUCGUUGUGUCUUCGUGAAACUGCUUUAAAGAUGGCUUUUCAAAAAUCCACACUUCCCACACUUUGGAGUCUCAGCUUCAUCUCUAUCAGUAUUAAAAUGUAUAUUCUUUCUGCUGGGAUAACAGAUGAAUUCUUGCUAGGCUUUCUGACCCUGGCUCCUGUAUAAACAUCUGUCACGUACUCAGAAUUCUCAGAUGGGAGCUGAACUGUAACAUGUAUUUUUUAAAUAAACUGGGAACGA